AUGGCAUCGUCGGUCCGGCGCCUUGCUCUCGCCGUGCUCGUGAUCGUCGUCGUUCUGAUCAGCGGCACGAGCCUUGUCGGCGCGGCGCGGCCGGGCGCGGCGCGGCCGGACCCGGCGGAGAGGAGCGGGGACGGUGGGGCUUACUUGGCGGUGUACCCGGCGGCGGAGAGACGGGAGAUGCUCAUGGCGAGGCUGCUGGCCGGGCCCAGCCGAAGGGGCGCCGGCCACUAG